UAGUGUCGGCGGCGCGGCAGUCCCGUGUCUACCGGCGUGCGUGAGAGACGUGGUUAUAGAUUCCCGCGCAUAUAACCGCUAAUCGGUCUCUGCAAAAAACACGACGCGCCCAUGGCUGCAGCCGUUAUCGAAUAGCUGAUAGUGUUAUAUUGUCUGUUUAUGUGAUGAUCACAGAGUUAAUGUUAAGUUUAAAGCACACGGCGUUAGUAAACAACCGGUCCAGAUAGGGAGGCUGCGUUGCCUCGCGCCCGGUUACGGUGGAAUGCAGCAAUUUUAACUACUGCGGACCUCGAGGGAUCCAUUUCGAAAUUGGGAUUGAAAUACAAUUUCAGUGUUAAGGUGAUGCAUCGAGGAUGAGUCGCCGCGCGCGGCCGUGACAUGGGAGCGCAGGCAUGGGCUGGCGCGCCGAGCACCCGCCGCACCUCGCCGCCGGCCUGCUGCUCCUGCUGCUAGUCAACCUGCCGGUAACCUGUCACCAAGAUCACCAAGAUGCCGUGCACAUCACGGCGAUUCUUGGCGAGAGCGUCGUCUUCAACUGCCAGGUGGACUUCCCCGAGGACAUCCCCGUGCCGUACGUGUUGCAGUGGGAGAAGAAGGUAGGCGAAACGGGGCAGGACAUACCGAUCUACAUCUGGUACGAGAGCUAUCCCACGCACAGCGGGGAAGGGUACGAGGGGCGCGUGGCCCGAGUCGCUCCGGACUCACCCUAUGGCGCAGCAAGUCUCAACCUCACCAAUAUACGCGAAACUGACCAGGGUUGGUACGAGUGCAAGGUGGUGUUCCUCAACCGGUCGCCCAACCAGCACAAGAACGGCACCUGGUUCCACCUCGACGUGCACGCACCGCCGCGCUUCUCCAUCACACCGGAAGACAUUAUAUACGUUAACUUAGGGGACGCGAUCAUAUUGAACUGCCAGGCGGAGGGCACACCGACGCCGGAGAUCCUAUGGUACAAGGACGCGAACCCCGUAGAGCCGUCUGGUACGGUGGGAAUCUUCAACGACGGCACAGAGUUGCGCAUCAGCAACAUCCGGCACGAGGACAUCGGUGACUACACGUGCAUCGCGCGCAACGGUGAAGGCCAGGUGUCGCACACCGCACGCGUUAUCAUCGCAGGCGGCGCCGUCAUCACGAUGCCACCAACGAACCAAACGAAGUUAGAGGGCGAGAAGGUGCAGUUCUCGUGCGAGGCGAAGGCGCUGCCGGGCAACGUGACGGUGAAGUGGUUCCGCGAGGGGGCGCCGGUGGCGGAGGUGGCCGCGCUGGAGACGCGCGUCACCAUCCGCCGCGACGGCGCCCUGCUCAUCAACCCCGUGGCCGCGGAUGACUCCGGACAGUACCUCUGCGAGGUCUCCAACGGCAUCGGCGACCCUCAGAGCGCCUCCGCUUAUCUUAAUGUUGAAUACCCAGCGAAAGUGACGUUCACACCAACAGUGCAGUACCUCCCUUUCCGACUGGCGGGCGUGGUGCAGUGCUACAUCAAGGCCAACCGUCCGAUGGAAGUGUUGGUCCGGAAGCCGCCUGUCUUUACUGUGGAGCCGGAGCCUUUGUAUCAGAGAAAAGUGGGGGAGAGCGUGGAGAUGCACUGCGAGGCGCAGGAGGCGGAGGGCACGCAGCGGCCGAGCGUGACGUGGCGGCGGCGUGACGGCCUGCCGCUGCAGAAGAGUCGCGUGCGCGCGCUCGCCGGCAACAUCACCAUUGACACGCUGCGCCGACAGGACUUCGGCAUCUACCAGUGUGUCGCCUCCAACGAGGUGGCGACGAUAGUGGCGGACACGCAGCUGGUGAUCGAGGGCACGCAGCCGCACGCGCCGUACAACGUGUCGGGCGCGGCGACGGAGUUCCAGGUGACGCUGCGCUGGCAGCCAGGGUACGCGGGCGGGCCCGACUACAAGCAGGACUACACCAUCUGGUACCGUGAGGCCGGAUACUCCGACUGGACCAAGGUGCCCGUCACACCCUCCGGCGCCACUUCCGUAACGAUAAAUCGUCUGCAGCCGGGCACCACGUACGAGUUCCAGGUGAACAGCAAGAACACGAUAGGAGAGGGCAUGAUGAGUAAAGCUAUCACUAUCAGGACAUUGGAUGUAGGCGCCAGAAUGAAGGCGGCGCCCACAGCGGCGGGCCCAGUAGACGAAAAGAUUUUUCAGAACGCUCCCGAAGGCUCUGGUCCGAAGCCGGGUCCUCCACGUAAUCUGACGGUGACGGAGGUGCACAACGGGUUCCUGAUCACGUGGCAGGCGCCGCUCGAGCGAGCAUCACUCGUUCACUACUACACCAUCAAGUACCGCACCGACGCACAGUGGAAGACGCUCAAUAGGGGACAGAUCCGACCAGAGGAGACCAGUUACUUAGUUAAGAACCUUGUCGGCGGAAGGACGUAUUACUUCCGAGUGCUGGCGAACUCCGCGACGAGUUACGAGAGUUCGGAAGAGGUUAAGUUCCCAGUGCCGGCGCGGGUGAAGCACAAAGCGAUCACAGCGGGGGUGGUCGGAGGCAUUCUCUUCUUCAUAGUCGCCAUCAUACUGUCCGUGUGCGCGGUCAAGAUAUGCAACAAACGGAAGCGACGUAAACAAGAGAAAGCAUACAACAUGGUAGCCGCGCGCCUCACGGACCUGCGCGCCGCCGACAGCACUCAAGUGCCUUUUAAAAAAUUUAGUGAACGCGGAAUAUCGAGUGUAGUGGAGUGUCUGCGCUUCACCGCCAACUGGAUCUGGCCGGCGACGCGGUGCGGCGAGGAGGCGCGCUACUGGGGCGUGGUGCGGCGCGUCUCUCCCGCGCCCUCCUCCGCCGCCGCGCCCUCCCCGGCGCCCUCCUCCUCCGACGACGGCGGCUUCCUGCCCCGCCCCGCGCCGGCGCCCGUAGCGCCUUUCCGCGCCUCCUCGCCCGCGCUCGCCCUACACUGGCCCGCCUGGCCGCCCUGGCCCCUCUGGCCCGCCUGGGCGCCCUGGUCGCCACUGCACGUCUCCGACCUCAGCUCCGUGCCCUUUCCCAGCUCCGCCGACGGCUCCUUCCCCACUCCCCCCUCCUUCCUGAAAGCUCUGCCGCCGCAUGAGCUGGCGUUCCGCGCCGUCGCCCGCCCUCGGCGCCACGGCCGGCUGCGUCCCGAUGCGCCGCCGCCGCACGAGGCCUCGCCGGAAAGCCGCUCCUCCUCCAGCGGCUUCGGUAGCAAGAAUGCGUCCUCGCAGCACAACCGCAGCAGUCGCACGGGGAGUCUGGCGGAGUGGCGGCCGCCGCCCUACCGACCGCCGCCGCCCGCGCCAGCGCGCCCUCCCUCCGGCGAGGCGGCCGACGCGGGCUCCGUGGACGUGCACUACGAGUGGGACCGCGCCACGCGCACGCCCACGCCCUCUACGCCGGAGCGCACGCGCACGCGGCCCUCGCGGGACGACGUGGAGGCGAGAGUGCGGGCAAUGAAGGAGGAGUUCCUGGAGUUCCGCAAGCGACAGGCGCUGCGGCGCCGCUCUCCGGAGCCCUUGGCGCCGCCUCCGCCCCUCUCUCCGCUCUCUCCCCUGGCGACGCUCUCUACGCUGUCACCUCUCUCUCCCCUGUCACCGCCCGCCCCCGCAGAAACCGUCUGCUGAAAAUAAUCAUCGCACCGCAUUCCCUGGGACGGCUUAGAAUAAUCUUGCAUUUGGAUUAUAUUCCUACACUCCUAAAAUAUAACGGUGGACUCGGCUCUCCUGCAUACUUUCGUUAGCUAUCGGCUUACACCGAAUCAGUUUAUUGAAACCUUUUCUUUUCCGUUUUCUGGAACCGAGGAACCAACUUUAAUAUUCGAUAUGACUUUUUACUCGAUAAUUACGAUAUCGUAGAAAUUCCUAACUCGUAGCGUUCCGAAGUCUUAAUAGGGUUGUCGAAAUAUAAUGCGCGAUUAAAUUAAUUUUUAAAUCACAUUGGUGCACAAUUAAUACCUUGCAUAGAAAUUCUCAAAAACCCCAACGAGUUAGUUUGAGAAUCGUAGAUUUUCUACAAACAUUUUAUGGAAACUCAGUGAAAGUAUGUUUUGUUUCACGUAUAGGUAUAUUAGAACCUGUUUUGCAUAUAGGGUUGUGCCACACUAGAAGUUUCGAAAUAGAAAGGAAGAGGGCGAGGAAGAAGUUAGUGUCGCACAGACCGCUAGAUGCAAGCGCAGUGGUGUAGCUGCAACGAGCCUAGACGGCCCACAGGACACACCUAGUACAUAUUCAUUUUGAAUGUACAAUGUGACACAUUUGUAAUUCGUAUUUAUUAUUUUUAUAUUGCGUAUUCGCGCAAAUUAAUAAUGAUUUGAUGAACUUUGGUGGUCGUUGCAUUUGUUUAUGAAAUAGAUUUUGUUACGUUAUUGUUUAUUUAGUUUUAUAUAAAUCCCACCUCCGCCGCCAGCCAGUGGCGCUGGCGACGACCUACACACAUAAGUACUUAGCCAGAAGGACUUCACGUCGUGAAACUGUUUGACUGUAAUAAUAUUAAUGUAUAAUAUUAUACUUAGAUAUAAAAUGUGGAUGCCGUGGCGUUUUGCGUUCGCACUGCCUGCUUUGUUUAUUCUAUAUGAAUGUCAAUUAAUUAUACAAUGUACUUGCAAGACAUCGCAUAGGUUAUGAUCAAAGUACGUCGAAUUACUUCAAGUGUAACGACGAUGCUGUACUAGGAGACCAGAAAGCACGAAUGAUGGGGAGUAACGAGAAUGUAAUGCGUUGUGAGUGUUAUGUUAUAUGGCGGGCAGGCAGUGCGGGAACACGUUCUCCUAAACGCUUUAGGUAUGAGCGGGAUAGCAUCCACGACACCGCUCAUACCAACAUUAUAUUGUAGUUAAUAUUAACUAUUUACGAAUAAAGUUUAGAGAGCGCGCGACCGCGGCCCGUGUUACCGCGACGCUUCCUCUUGCCACAUUGCAAACGUACAUUGCAAACGCGCCGGUCCUGACACCGGCCACGGCCGCGCGACGUAUUGUAAUAAUAUAAAAAGACAAAAUAAUCUUAGGUAGACUUAGGCAUAAUAUAGAUCGGGCAGAUGAUAAAAGGAUAUUUGUUUAAUGUUACGAGACAGAUUUUCUUUUCCAAGUACAAAUUAUUAAUUUUAUUUUAUUGUGUACCUUUGUAUAUUUUAUUUGAACUGUACAUAUGUAAAGUAACACAUUAGAUAUGGUCUAUUUAUUUAAAUAAUUAACGACCGAGGUUCUAAAGUUGUUUUUGUCAUUUAUGAAUGGUUAUGGUUUGAUAAUUUAUAUUUUGUUCGUUUUCCGCUUUCUUGUUUCCAUUGCAAGCGACCGGCGGGGAUGUGAUGGCCUCACUUCAUCGAGGUUAUGUUUUACGAAUGUGAAUCCACGUAUUGCCGUUUAUAAAUUUAUGGUGAUGUUAUAUUGAGUACGUUUUACCUCUCGGUUCCUUUAUGAAUCCCACCUGAACACUCGUUAUAACUUAUAAGUAGGUGACCAGUCAACGUGAAGACUGUUUAGUUAUUAUUUUGUUGAUAGAUUUAAACUCGGUACAGAUUACAGUGUUUUUUAUGGAUUUUUUACACGCAAUAUGCACGUAACAUGUUUCAUAUCAUUUCAAUUUUUGUAAGUCGAUUUAUUUUUUGAGACUACGACAUUGGAAUACUAAGGACCUCGAUAUAAGUAUAAAAUGUACGCUUUAAAUAAAUCGGAAUAAAUAACUCGAUAUUAAUAUAUAGAUAGGUAGGUAUGUUAAGGUGCAGUUAGUGCCUGCGCGAUGCGUCGCGAGGCAAUGGCGCUAGUGUCGCAGGCUGUCGUCAAAUGGCGACACACAAGUCAGAAAGCAUCAUUUAGUUCACUGCCGAAGAAGAACAAGUAGAGUUAAGUCGCGGAGCGUUACUUUAAACACGUACAAUAGGUUUCGGUCUCCACCUACAUCUAGGCGCGUCCGCGUUAGCGUAAAUUUUUAGAUCGUUAGUGACCGCAAUUUGUGCAAUAAGUUAUCCACUGUUUUGUGUAAUUAUUGGAAUAUCGUGUGCUCAAUUUUUUCGACUGACCAAUUGUAAAUUUCGAGUCAAGAACGUAUAUAAUAUAAGAUUUUUUUGUCGAUUUAUUACUUCUUGAACUUAUUUUCUUCCUUUACUUCUGUAAACGAUUUUGUUGUAUUUCUUAAAGAUCGAUUUUUUUGGAAGUAGUUUUUUACAAUUAUUUGAAAUAUGCGUCUCACGGAACGUUUACAUUGCGCAUAUCACAAAACAAUAUAAAAUGAAUAUAGAUGUAUAAUUCUACGAGUGAUAUAAUUUAUACGAAUAAUCGUAAAGGAUACCGUCGGUGCAAACAAAUUGAACUUGACCUUUUAUUGUAUUCAUCAGCAAUACAACAAAAUAUACAUCGACAUCUUAAAUAAUUAUUGGAUAUUUCAAAUUCUUUGUUUUCUUAUUAUAAAAUUGCGAAUGAAUACAAUACAAGGAAAGAUGAACAGAAGAUAGAUAGAUAAACGGUCUUCUGUGAUAUAAAGGAGCAAGAAUUUUGAUAAUUUCUAUUUGAUCAAACGCAUUCCAAUAUAUUAUUGUUAUCACAAGGCAAUAGUACGGAAACGAUGUAUUUAAUAUGAUCCUUUGUUACUGAAAACAUUUCUUACAUUUUGACUGAAGAGCCGUUGCUAUUGAAUGUAGCAAUUUUUGAUAAUAACAUUUUACCCGCAAGUCUUCCUAUGUAAGAAAUAUGAUACAAUUCGGUAAAAUACGGAUAUAUUGAAAACAUUAUUUGAAUUGAAAAAAAGUAAAAACUUUUGCACACAUCUUAUAUUCAUGGUGCGAAUAAUCAGUUCAUUUGGUAUCAUCAUUUCGAUGGCUUACCGUGCCUUUCUGACAGCAAAAUCUCUGUAUAAAAUGUAUGGUCAUCCCUGUCAUCUUUGACAAAAACAGAUGACAAUAUAUGUUAAACGGGGAUUUUGGUAUCAGAAAUUCACGGUCAGUCGAACUAAGCUCUUAAAGGCAAACUUUAACUAAGUUACAAGUAGUAAUAGUUGAAGUGGAAAGGGUCUA